ACGUCCGGCGCGAGCAGACGCGGCUGCGCGGUGUGGCUUUGCUCUUGCUGCUGGAAAGUUUGUAUCAGUCUUUAUAUCUUGGCGAAGAUAUCCGUUGAUAAUGUCGCAUCCCGCGGAAAACGGACUGUUUCGGAAACGGUGCUGGUGACAGGGAGAAGGAGCAGAGCGGACAUGGCCGUUGCUGUCGCCCAUCAUCACCGAGCUUCCGUGCCGUGGGUCUGGGGUCAGUUUGUACCGAAACUGAAUGGGGUGUCUGCCUUUGGACACUGCGUACUACUGGCCUAACCACCACCGAUGAUAACAACCCCACAGGAGAGACUGUUUAACAUGACGCUCCUACAUUAACAAGAGGAUAAUUGUCAUAUCUGGAUUGGAUUUAUCCGUCAUCACCAUGGCAGACCAAAACUACUAUUGGACCGUGUUGCCGAGCUAUAAAACUAGUUUUGUGACUGGGGCCAUGAUGAAACGAUCAAAAAGUUCUCGUAACAACAAGAGAAGGAGUUUGGCGGUCGGGACCCCAUCGCCCACACUCUCACGACCGCUUUCACCUCUCCCACUUGCCACAGCUAGCAGCAGCCCUUCAGAAAGUCCCAGAAAUGUCUCUGCCAGCACCUCUGCCAACUUCCAGUUUGCCCGCAGAGCGGAUGGGCGAAGGUGGUCUGUGGCAUCUGUUCCCUCGUCUGGAUACUGCACCAAUGCACCCAGUUCAUCUGUAUCUGUAAGUUUCUUUCUGUGAUUCUCUAAGUACCAUUCAGGCCUGUCUCAUUCCAAACCACUGCCAUGGGACCAUUUAGCUCCUUGUGUUACUUAUACUCAGUAUAUCAAUCAGUUUAUGGGGCCGUGGUGUCUUGUAAACUUAUGGU